UCCAGUCCACCCAGCUACUGCUAUGAACGCAUCAAGCAGGUGCACUGCAUCCUUGAUCUUCCUUCUUCACCGGCUAAACCCAAAAACCGAUCGAAAUGGCGCAAACACCCAAGAAUCUCAAGCUGUCCACUUGCCACCUCUGCUUCCUUCUCCUUGUGUUCACCGCCACCCUCUCCGCCGCUGUCUCCACCUCCCCCCAGCAAUCGAUCUGCUCCUCACUGACACCCGCUGCCGCCGGCCGUACCGACGCCGACGACGCCCUUUCACUCACCCGGCUGUUUAAAGUCCGGUUGUUUAAUGUCGAGAAUUCUCAGGUGAAUAGCCUCCAGUGGAUCCUGGAUUUGGUCCCCUUGAUCAAAGCCCUGCAAAUGGCAUUCUCAGUUCUCUUCUGGUGAGCAACUACAUGAGGGUCGAUGAUGAACCAGACAACUACUGGUUCCACGUGUUGGUGCGUGAGUGGGGGCAGUUAUGCAUCUUCAUGUAUAUCGGGUGGAACUUCAGGAUCCCCGAGGCAUCGCUCCAUCUGCCGGUUACGCCCCUGAUGAAAUCAAACUGGGAGAUCACCAUGCCUCCCAUUUACAGUGUGGAAAUGGACGCAGCCGAUUUCAGAGGCCUCGUCUCAGAUCAAUGGCAUGUGGGGGUGAGGACUUCCCAUGACAACUUAUGUUGUUCUUCGCAGCCGUUGCUGGUGCAAGUUCAGAAUCAUAUCCCAAAGGUUUCUCGUACCACCAUAGCUUCAGGUUUCAGUUGAACAAUGACAAAUCAGGUUCAUUUCUGAGACCGGGAGACGCCGAGGGUGACAUCGACCUACUGCCUGAUCCGUAAACCGGGGCAGGAACAGACGAACAGUUGACUCGAAACGGAGAAAUACUUGAUGUGUGUAGUAACUACAGUGCUUCCCCCCCCCCCCC